AACCGGUAGUUAUACUCGUAGAUGUUAACCAGCACGUUUGGUCCGAAGUAAACAAUUUCGACAUUUAGCCGGUGUGUUUAUGCUUCUGUGAGUGUGUCAACACAACAGAGAUGAGUUUGCUGGGAAACAUAACAGAGUACUACACGUACGUGAACAAUGACCUAGCAGAUCCUCGUACCAAUAAAUUUAUGUUGGUAUCAUCGCCAUGGCCAAUCUUUAUUAUAAUGUUUGUCUACCAUCGCUUCGUACACACGUGGGGCCCGGCUUUCAUGGCCAACCGACCACCUUACCACCUUAAGAACCUAAUCGUUAUAUACAAUAUCGCACAAAUAUAUCUAUCAGCGUUUAUGGCAAUACAGUGCAUCACUUACCUAUACCUGCCGGGCUAUUACAGUCUAUGGUGUCAGAAGAUAAACUACGAGGACACGCCCAUAGAGAGGCUCAUCAUAGAUCGAGUGUGGCUCUAUUAUUUCAUUAAAAUCGUUGAUUUACUCGAUACGGUCUUCUUUGUAUUACGAAAGAAGUUCAAUCAAGUGUCGUUCCUCCACGUCUAUCAUCACCUGGGCAUGUGUCUGUUGGGAUAUAUAGGAACUAAAUAUGUACCAGGUGGUCACGGUAUAAUGCUCGGCUUCAUCAACUCUAUGGUCCACGCAGUAAUGUACACUUACUACUUAAUAUCCAUCGUGCGCCCUAAAUGGGUUAAACAAUGGUGGAAGAAAUACAUCACACAGCUACAGAUCUUGCAGUUUCUACUCCUCAUCCUACAUUUCGGACAUAUCCUGUUCGAGCCGUCGUGUGGUUACCCUAAAUGGGUGUCCUUCCUAUUCCUGCCCCAUAAUAUAUUCAUAUUGUUCUUGUUUUCCAAUUUUUAUAUCAAUGAAUACAUAUAUAAAAAUAAAAAGAAAAAUUAACUGUGAGAAUGUUAGCGAAUUGUAUAAAUUGUUGUGUAAUAUAU